GCCUAUGAUUCAUUGGAUAUGAAUGCGCGCUUCCCGUCGUAACUGGAAACUUCAAACCGUCUGCAUGAAGACUGAAAUCUCCAAACACAGCCCAGGAUCAUUGGCUCUCCUCCACUAAACCCGGCGAUCACAAUCUCCUUCAGAAUUACCUUCCUCCCACAGGCUCCCACUUUAACCCGCCAGUCUCUGGAAUAUCCAGCUGUUUGGAGAAGUUAUGUCUGGUGAGAAGAGUGGAGACUUUGAGGAACUUCUAUACCCGUCGCUCAUCCGAGACCACGGGAAUAUUUACAAACCCAAAAAUAAAAUGGAAGAUGAGAAGAUGAAAGAGGAAUUUGUGCAAGAUUGUCACACGAAGGAGAUCGACCUGAUAAACAGGGACCCGAAGCACCUGAACGAGUAUGUGGUGAAGAUGGAUUUUGAAGAUGUGAUUGCUGAACCAGAGGGAACUCACAGCUUCGAUGGCAUUUGGAAGGCCAGCUUUACUGUCUUCACUGUGACCAAAUAUUGGUGCUACCGCCUGCUCUCCGGGCUCUUCGGGAUACCUUUAGCAAUUAUUUGGGGAAUUUACUUUGCCAUCUUAUCAUUCUUCCACAUCUGGGCUGUGAUGCCGUGCAUUAAGAGCUAUAUGAUCGAGAUCCAGUGUUUCAGCAGAGUAUAUUCCAUCUGCAUUCACACCUUCUGUGACCCUUUCUAUGAAUCCUUGGGUAAAAUGUUCAGCAACAUUCGAGUGUCAAUGCUGAAAGAAGUGUAAACAGAAACGUGGUGAAAGUUUUUGAUUAAGUUGUCACGUUGCUUCCUACCAAAUGGGAGCUCAGUUUCUUCAUCACAGAAACAUGUUGGUGCCCUUUCUAAUAGCACUGAUAUAGGAACAAAAUGGUUGCAUGCUCUUUCAUUACUUAUCCCUGGCAUGUUCUGUUAUCCUUUUAUGGUACUCUGCAUUUCAACACUGAUCUUCGCUUUUAACAGCUACAUUCCUUUACUGUUAUACACCACAUGACAAAUUUUGUAAACAAAAUGAGUCAUAGCCUUUGUUUAGCAAUUGAGGCUGCCCGCUACUUGAUUCUAUUGUUUCCCAAGCCAGAGGCUGAUUCACAGUACUGUACUUAACCAGAAUGGAAAAGAGAAAGGAUUAAACUCCGAGCAUAGGAUUGUAAUACUAUUUAAAAAGUUGAGGUUCGCUGCAAAAUGUGGAUUAUUUUGCAGUGAAGUUAUAAUGAUGCCUUUUCUGAAAAUAUUAUGCAAAAAUAUAUUUCUUUGUUGAGAUUAUCAGGAUUUUUGAAAAUGUUAAAUAGAAUUUACACAUCUGGAAUGUCAGCCUGUUAGAGCCGUGACUGACACCACCCAGAUUCUUGUUACACAGUUCAUCAUUAUUGGAAACUAAAUAGCUGUGUGUGAGUUAUAUUGUGCCUUGAUGCCAAGAGGGUCGACUCACUGCCUCUGCCACUCUCUGAAAUAUGCAACGUUCUCUAUGACUUCUCUUCUUUGGUAAUCAUUUUAACUUUUUCUUAACCUUGUGCAUGUCUGACAUUAAACUCUAACGUGCGCUAGAGGCCAGACCAUCAGGAGGACAAUGGUUAAACAAUGUUCUUAAUGCUUGCAAAUUUGAGAAACGGUGUGAAAUGAAAGUACUUACUGCACUGUAAGAUAACCAUGUUAAAUUGCUGAAUGUAACUCAGAUUUUCCACAUUUAAAAUUGCAACGUAUCAACGAGCUGUAUCGAAAUAUGCAACCCAAAUGCAGUUAAUCUCCGGGAUUUUCCUGCUUACCAAUUGCAGCAGAAGUCGGGCGCAGACCGACCGCAACGCUGAAGCACACUGAUGGCCAGAGGCACCCGUGGGCAGUGGGUCUUGUACUCCUCCAUCCUCCAUCAUCUUCAAGCCUCAAAACACACCCGGAGCCUCAAUCUUCUUUCCUGCCAAGUUCUAUUGCCACUUUAAACAUGUGUAACAGAAGGAGUUGCUCUUACUGCUGUUUUAAAGAAUCUCUGAUGGAAUAUUAUUUUUGAGGGUUGUGUAUAUAGUUCGAAUAUAGAUUAGUCACCUACAAAAUAAACAGAUAUGAAACAGAUUUUUAGAUUUUUGCAGAAGCUAUUUUAUACAGAUGCAUUCAUAUUACUUAUUAACCAUAAAAUAUAUAAAAUUGAGCUUUUAUUUUUUACUACCACUUUUAAUUGUAUUGCAAAUUAUUUGAACCAUGAUUGAUUUCUUCCAAGUAAUGUUAAAGCUUGCUAUUGCAGAAGAUGUUCAGGCAUUUAAAAUAUGUUAGCAUGUAAGAGCUGAAACUAUUUGAAAUAAAUAAAGAACCAAAUGUUUACACAA